UUAAAGUCUUCAGGGUAAUAAUCUGGAUCCACACAGACAGACUGGAGAGGACGGCAGAAUGAAUCGCAGGAACGCUGCGUGUUUGUUGGGAUGUUAAUGGUCUUCUGCUGCACGCUCACACGUGGAUGUUAUUGAAGUGAAACACAAGGAUCCACCUGUCUGUCUGUCGCUCUGAAUGCAGACACACGUGCAGGUGAUCCAGACAUCUGACGUACAUCAUGCAGUCUGAUCUGAAGAAAUCUCUGCUGACUCCCAUUAAAACGCUCACAUACUGUGUGACUGGAGAGAAGACACGAGACGACUGCACCAAACACAAGUCCAGACGCGGGUCAAAGGUCAAGAGCGGCGUGACCCAUCUGCAGAACACGCAUCCGAUGCGAUCGUAUCAGGCCGAGCUGGAGAGAGAGAGAAAAGUGUGUGAGGCUCUGACCGCUCAGAAGAACGCAGAGAGAGCUGCCAUGAGGACACAUUUCAGAAGAAAAUAUCAUCUGAGCAAGAAUGUGAAGGACACCGGGCGUGUGCGAUCUGGCGGGGGUAAAGUGGCUCUCCCCCGUGAACUGGCUCAGAUGGUUUAUCCUGAAGCUCCAGUUAAAGACGAGGCUUUCGGACUGCUCAGCGCAUUCCAGGGCCUCGGUUUCAGCGCGGGGAUUUACACCAGCAACAAACAACCCAAAACCUCCAGCACAGCCAACACUGAGCCGUGUAAACUCAUGUGACCUCCACAACACACCACACGCUGAACACUUGUUCCUGAACGGGAGAAAUGACACUCGAUUGUAUCAUUCAUCUCAUCUUCUGUCAGCUUCUUCAUUCUCACCUUAGUUCUCUGCAGAAUGUUUCAAGGAGUUUCAGAUGUUAUAUUGUAGAACUCUGUCUCUCUCUCUCUCUCUCUCUCUCUCUCUGUCUGUCUGUCUGGCUCACUCACUGAAUCUCUAACAAGGUCAACACCAGACAUUUGAUUUUCCUCACUUUGUUUCUGCUGAAGAAUGAGUGAUGUGUUGGUGUUAGAGAUUCAGUGAGUGAGCCAGACAGACAGACAGACAGACAGACAGACAGACAUAUCACUCUCUGUCUGUCCGUCUCAAUCUCUGUCUGUCUGUCUCACUCUUUCUCUGUCUGUCUCAAUCUCUGUCUGUCUGUCUCACUCUUUCUCUGUCUGUCUGUCUGUCUCACUCUCUCUCUCUCUGUCUCAAUCUCUGUCUGUCUCACUCACUCUCUGUCUGUCUGUCUCUCUCUCUCUCUGUCUCAAUCUCUCUCUGUCUGUCUCACUCUUUCUCUGUCUGUCUCACUCUCUCUCUGUCUGUCUCCCUCUCUCUCUGUCUGUCUGUCCGUCUCAAUCUCUGUCUGUCUCACUCACUCUCUGUCUCACUCACUCACUCUCUCACUCUC